UAGAUUUAGAUGUACCAUCAGCUUACUUAUCCCCGAAUCCAUGGGGUUUUAGCUAACUUGCCUGACAUCUGAGACCUCCUUGUGAACUCUCCUCUUCAUGACUAUGGAGUUAUGCAGUCCCCGAAUCUUAAGCACAACCAUCUCUCCUUUUACUCCCAAAUUCUCUUUAAAAACCUCAAACAACAAAAGCACUUAUAUAUUCAACAUACCCACCUUCAAAUUCCCAAGAAAACGCUCAUUUCCAUACUAUUUAUUCUCCUCUAACACAACAACUCUGCAGGUUUCAGCUCAUUUUGGUCGACCCACCACUCGCCGCAACUCGCUGAGAAAAAAGCUCCUUAAUGAUCAACAGGUGAAUCAAAACAAUCUCAUUUCUUCAAGCACGAGUUCUAGUUUUGAAAAUAUUGAGAAUUUGAAUUACGAUACUGUGAAAGGGUGUGUUAAUGAUGUUAUAAUUGAAAGUUCUAAAGAGUCAAAAUCGAAACCUGUUGGUGAAUAUGCUUUGUUUGGUAAAUUGGAGAAUUGGAUUGAUCAGUACAAGAAGGAUGUUGAUUACUGGGGCAUUGGGUCGGGGAAAAUUUUUACGGUUUUUGAAGAUGCUGAUGGGAAUGUGAAGAAAGUUGUAAUUGAUGAAGAUGAAAUCUUGAAAAGAAGUCAAGUUGAAGACUUAACUGAAUUGAAUUCUAAAAUAGUAUAUGCUAAGAGUUUGGCCAAAGAAAUGGAGAGUGGGGAAAAUGUAAUUCCGAGGUUUAGUACAGUGGCAAAGUUUGUUAUUUCAGGUGAGGAGUCUGGUUUUGUUAAUGUGAUCGGUGGUAUCAUUCUCCAUCCUGAGUUUAUCCCUAAAAGUUCUAGAGUUGGAAGCAUUGUGUUGUGUGGUUUAGUUGUAUUUUGGUUGGUGAAGAAACUAUUUUCAUUUCAAAAUAAAGAGGUGCAUUACACAGAACUGGAGAAGGAAAUGAUGAGAAGAAAGCUAAAGUCUAGAAAGGAGAAGGAGAUGUUAGAGAAGGGAAGCGUGGAAGUUGUUCAAGAAGCAAUGGAACCGCCGAUGGAGACCUUUAUAAAACCUAAGAUAGACAAGCAAGAACUCAUGAAGAAUAUAAUAAAAGCAAAGGCUUCAAAGCAUAAUUUAGCGUUAGUGGAUUCGUCUAGUUCUCAAACUAGCAAAUUGGAGGAUUUUGGUGAUAAAUUCCAGGAAAUUAGGAAAAUGGCCAGGGAAAUCUGCGAGAUUGAGGGCAGGGAGCAUUCCCAGGCUGAUAGGAAUGAAGAAGAAAAGCAGGCUGUGGACGGUGAAUUAUGUGAUGAGAUAAAAGAGAUCAAACAGUAUAGCGAAGAUGAUAUGAGUUUUUUGGGGAACCUUCCGAAUGGAAGUUUUAAACAAGGUAUUGGAAGUGAUGGAACUGCAAUGACUGUGUCUUUAGUUGAAACAAAAAGCUGGGGUACUGAAUUUCCCAGUAAGGUACCUUCUGCUGAGAAUGAGGUUGUGCAAACUUCGGGUGCUUCAAAUGUUGAAGUUUCAAAAGAUUGGGUGAGAACAAAGCAAGAUAGGGAGAGUACUUCAUGUGUAGCAGUCAAAGAAGAUGUUGUUCAAUCAUCAGAUCCUCAUGAUGCUGAAUCAUCUAUUUCAGAUACCAAUUCUGUUAGAAAAAAACCAAGGGUCAUACGGUCGGUGAAAGAAGCUAGGGAAUUUCUUUCUAGAAAAUGUGACAAACAAGAAUUUGAGCAGCCUAUUGAUAAAACUUUGCAAGAAAGUGCUGCUGUUUCAAAUCAACCAAGUGGUAAAUUUGAUAGAAAUGAAAGCCAGACAUUCAAUGUGGACAACAAAGUUUUCGGUUCUGCAAAUUUUGGUGGAACAUCUGAAUCUACAUGUGCUCCAAAUGUUCAUGAAUGUUCAACUCUGAAGGAUGAGGAGCAUGUUCCCAUCAACAAAGAUGAUCCUGAAUAUUCUGAUAAAGGAUAUGGAGUGGGUGAUUCUCAAAUUUCCCAAACUUGCUUAGAUCAUGAAGAUACCGGUGGGAGUACAAAGACUGGACCGUAUGUAAAGAUGGAAAACUGGAUGGAAGAAAAUUUUCAUGAUAUUGAACCCAUUGCUAAGAAGAUAGGAAUUGGAUUCAGAGACAAUUUCAUGGUUGCAAGAGAGAAAGUAAAUAAACAAUUAAAUACAUUUGCUGAUAUUACACAGCUUGGCUCUGGCGAAGAUGACGGUGAACUUGAGUGGAUGAAAGAUGAUAAGCUGAGAGAAAUUGUUUUUCAGGUCCGAGAAAAUGAGUUGGUGGGGCAAGAUCCAUUUUAUUUGAUGGAUGCUGAAGAUAAACUUGCAUUCUUUCAGGGACUUGAGAAGAAAGUUGAAGAAGAGAAUGAGAAGUUAUCCCAUGUGCAUGAAUGGCUCCAUUCAAACAUUGAAAAUCUUGAUUAUGGAGCAGAUGGUAUCAGCUUGUAUGAUCCACCAGAGAAAAUCAUACCACGCUGGAAAGGGCCACCUUUGGAGAAAACUCCUGAGUUCCUGGAUGAGUUCCUUAAACAAAGGGAGGCUCUUUUUGCUGGAAAUACGGUUACUCCAUCUCCUGUGAAGAAGGAUGAGGAGAAAUUUCUUCAAAACUCAACAAGGUUUCCCACCCAUGAGAAUGCUGCUACUUCUUUGGCUACUAAUGAUUUGAAGAAGUCUCAACAUAAGGAUCCGAAACAUUCCAAGACAGUUAUAGAAGGCAGUGAUGGUUCUGUCAGAUCUGGUAAAAAAUCAGGAAAGGAGUAUUGGCAACACACAAAGAAAUGGUCACGUGGGUUCUUAGAAUCUUAUAAUGCAGAGACAGACCCAGAAGUUAAAUCCACUAUGAAAGAUAUGGGAAAGGAUUUAGAUCGAUGGAUCACUGAAGAACAAAUACAGGAAGCAGCUGAUCUAAUGACCAAACUACCUGAGAGGAAUAAGAAAUUUAUGGACAAGAAACUCAACAAGCUCAAAAGAGAAAUGGAGUUGUUUGGACCACAAGCUGUAGUUAGCAAAUACCGUGAAUAUGCAGAAGAGAAAGAAGAAGAUUAUCUAUGGUGGUUAGAUAUACCACAUGUUCUGUGCAUUGAACUAUACACAAUUCAAGACGGGGAACAAAGUAUAGGAUUCUAUUCACUGGAGAUGGCUGCAGAUCUUGAAUUGGAACCAAAACCCCAUCAUGUGAUUGCUUUUGAAGAUGCCGGUGAUUGCAAAAACCUUUGUUAUAUCAUUCAGGCCCAUUUGGAGAUGCUUGGAAAUGGCCAAGCCUUUGUUGUUGCAAGGCCUCCUAAGGAUGCUUUUCGCGAAGCUAAAGUAAAUGGUUUUAGCGUAACCGUCAUCAGGAGAGGAGAGCUACAGCUCAACAUUGACCAAGCACUAGAAGAAGUGGAGGAACAAAUUACUGAGAUUGGGAGUAAGAUUUACCAUGAUAAGAUAAUGGGGGAACGCUCUGUGGAUGUAAGCUCAUUGAUGAAGGGUGUAUUUGGUUUUGGUGCCAAAUCCUCUAAGAGCAAAAGGGCUAAGAAUCGGGCAAAGCGGAUGCUGAAAAGGCCUGGCAAGAAGUGAAGGAAAGUCGCCUGGCUCACCGUUGAGGGUGAUGGAGACACUUGGCCAUAUAAGAAAUCAGAUGACCAUAAAAACCGUUCAUGAUUUGGCCGCUCUGCUUUCUCUUAUGGUUUUGGUUUUGCAAGUUCCACGAAAAUGCUGUAGCAGAAGGCAGAAAGCUUGUCUUGACACAGACCGCUGACCUGUGAUCUUCUAUUUAAUUCCGCAUCCUGUGGUUAUAUUGACAGGUCGCUGUUGCAAUGCUUAUUCCAGUGGCAAAGCAUAGGAAUAUUUGAUGAAGUGAAGAACUGGAACAGAGAUUUUAAAUGCUUAUUCCAGUGGAUUUUUGAUGCUCCUGAGAAGGAUUGCUUCUGGAGCUAGCUCAGAAUCCCCGGGCCAAGUGUGUGUUCAUUGUGUAGAAUGAGUAGUAACUGGGACACUUGCUCCCUCUUCAUUCGGCAAACCCUAGUGAAUCGUAAUGACUUCAACCUCUGACCUAAAGGCAGAUCGACAGGGGAAAUUUGUCUUAGACGGAGG